GCUUUGCCUAAUAAUCCCAACUACAGAGUAUUAGACAUGGUCCAUUUGCCGGCCCUGCCAUGAUCCUUUUGUCCAGAAGCAGCCAAGCAGGUAUUCAAAUUGGGGAAGAUGACUACCGAACCAACUGCGUCACCUUUUUUAAAGAAAAUCCUAAAAGGUUGGCUGGUCAACGAUGAAUCUUCAACACCGGAGUUCAGGUCAAACUUUUUCUGCUCUGUGUGCUAAAAAAUUCAUACAAUUUUACCCCACUUCCAUGCCCAUCCAUCCCGGGAACUCUAUCCCUUUUCUGUACUAUUCCAAACCUCUUCAUUCUCCAUCAUCUCUAAGCUUCAUGAGAAUCAUCCAUUCUUGAAUCUCCCCCACGUUUCUUGAGCUGAGCUUUCAAUCAUGGCGGAUAAUGGUUCCACAGUUCAGAGAAUUAGUUUCCUUGGGUUGUUCUUGGGUAUUGUAUCGCUAUGUUCUGCCGCCGACAGGAUUCAACAAGGCCAGUGGAUCAAAGACGACGGAGAGAACAUAGUUUCUGAGAAAGACAAAUUUGUGUUGGGAUUCUUUAGUCCCGAGGGAACAACUAACAGGUACGUAGGAAUAUGGUAUUAUGACAUUACACCACAAUCAGUAGUUUGGGUGGCUAAUAGGGAGAAUCCCAUUUUGGAUAAAAAUGGAGCCUUUGGGCUCACCGGAAAUGGAACUUUUGUGGUUUUAGAUGGCAAAAAUGUGUCUGUCUGGAACACAAACAGCUCUGUUACUUCAAGCAAUGCAACCAUGGUGUUAAGGGAAACCGGUGAGCUUAUUAUUCUCAAAAGCCCUGGUUGGAGGCCUAAUAAUACUAUAUGGACAAGUUUCAACCACCCCACAGACUCAUUCUUGCCGGGCAUGAGGGUCAACCUCUCGGCCGGAGAAAGCAAGCUCUUCACUUGUUGGACUAAUUCCAGCAACCCUUCUCCGGGGAGAUUCUCCAUGGGAAUAGACCCGAGAGCAUCAGCCCAGAUUGUGAUAUGGGAAGGGGAAAAGAGGUAUUGGAGAAGCGGCCAUUGGGAUGGCCGUGUGUUCUUAGGUGUACCAAUCAGGACAGAUUUUGUUUAUGGUUUUGAUUUGAUCAAUGAGGGCAAUAGCCUGUACUUAGAUUACAAGUCGAAUCCAUCGGAUUUAAUAAUGUUCAAAGUUGAUUGGAAUGGGAAAGAAGUGCAACAAAGGUGGGAUGAAAGCAGAAAGCAAUGGAACAAGAUCCAAGAACAGCCUGCUGAUGAGUGUGGGGUUUACAAUCAUUGUGGGAAAUUUGCAAGAUGUGUUAAUAGUUCAAGCAAUGGUAUAAACUGCCUCUGCAUAGAUGGAUUCGUGCCGAGUGAUGGGAAUGAAUGGAACGCGAGAAACUGGACAGGAGGGUGUAAGAGGAGGACUACAUUGCAGUGCCAGAAGAACAGCACAGAGGGUGGUGCUGAAAAGGACAGGUUUUUUGAGGUUAAAAACAUCAAAUUGCCCGAUUUCGCUGAUGUUGAUAGGAACAUGAGAAGUCCAGAGGAUUGUAAAAAGAAGUGUGAAGAGGACUGUUCUUGCAAUGCUUAUGCCCCUCCUGUUCUUGGUGGGAUCUUCUGCAUGUUAUGGAGGAAUGAAUUGGUUGAUAUGAUGCAAUUAGAUGAAGGCAGUGGGAGUACUCUUUUCGUUCGUCUUCAUCCUUCCGAAUUAGACAAUGAAAGCAGUAAAACCACAAUUAUUGUUGCAGUAUCUGUUGUGGCAGCAGUUGCAGUCCUUGUUAUUGUAUCCAUUUGGCUACUAUGUAGACGCCAAGCAAGAAUCCGAGCAGCCAAGAAAAAAGACGAAAUUCCCCGAACAGAGCUACCUAGCAGUGGGGAAUUCUCAGAUUUUUCAGCGCAGUGUGACCUUACCGUGGAAGGGAAGUCAGGAGCUGCAUCAGAUCUGGUGUUCUUCAGUUUCAGCAGCAUUGCAGCAGCUACCGAUAGCUUUUCACUCGCAAACAAGCUCGGACAAGGAGGAUUUGGCCACGUUUAUAAGGGAGUCCUACCAUGUGGCCAAGAAAUAGCAGUAAAAAGACUUUCAAGAAGGUCUGGACAAGGUGUGCAGGAGUUCACUAAUGAACUCACAGUGAUCGCGAAAUUACAACAUAGAAAUCUUGUUAGACUAUUGGGAUGCUGCAUUGAAGGAGAUGAAAAGAUGUUGCUUUACGAGUACAUGCCAAACAAGAGCUUAGACUCUUUUGUGUUUGACCCUGCAAAGCGAGGCGAGCUAAACUGGCGAAAACGUUUUCAUAUCAUAGAAGAGAUUGCUCGGGGACUGCUUUACCUCCACCGUGAUUCUAGACUUAGGAUAAUUCAUAGAGACUUGAAAGCUAGCAACAUUUUGCUUGACGGUGAGAUGAACCCCAAAAUUUCAGACUUCGGCAUGGCUAGAAUAUUUGGAGGGAACCAAAACGAAGCAAAUACAAACAGAGUUGUAGGCACAUAUGGUUAUAUGGCUCCCGAGUAUGCAAUGGAAGGCCUAUUUUCAGUCAAAUCAGACGUCUACAGCUUCGGUGUCUUGCUACUGGAAAUCGUUAGCGGGCGAAGGAAUACAAGCUUUCGAACCGGCGACCACUCAGGCAUUAUAGAAUAUGCAUGGGAACAAUGGGAUCAAGGCAAACCAAUGAACCUAUUAGACCCUUCCAUUUUUAGUUCAUGUGUACCACAAGAAGUGUUGAGAUGCAUACACAUAGGGCUGCUUUGUGUGCAAGACUUGGCCGUUCACCGGCCAAACAUGUCAGCGGUUGUGUUGUUUCUCGAGACGGAUAAUGUAACCUUGCCGGUGCCAAGACCGCCGACCUAUACCGCUUCCAUGAGAAGAUCAGUGGAUGUUGAUUCAUGGAACCAGAACAAUGAUCUUCCAUGCUCCAAUAGCAUUACUAUGAGUGUAAUAGUUGGUAGAAAAACAGAGUUUCAGGUGGCCGGAAAGUGGCAAAGCAUCCAUUCUUUAAUGAGGGCCGCCAUGGAAUCCGAUAGCUGCCUGUUUUGGUACUUUCUAAUUCUCCAGAUUCUCAUUCCAACGUUCACCAUAGCUGUUGACACCAUAACUCCGACACAACCUCUCGCACAAAACCAAACUUUAGUCUCCGCCGGUGGGGUCUUCCAAUUGGGAUUCUUCAGUCCCGGCGGCAACUCCGGUGGACUGUUUAUUGGGAUAUGGUACAAGGAAAUCCAAGACAGGACUAUCGUUUGGGUCGCGAACAGGAACAAACCUAUCACGAAUUCCACCGGAUUCUUGAAAAUUGGGGAGGAUGGGAACAUCAAUUUGGUGGACGGGACAGAGAAUUCAAUCUGGUCAUCCUCGAAUCAAUCCGUCCGAGGAAACACAAUUGCCCAGCUCCUGGAUUCCGGAAACCUUGUUCUCCGCCGAGAAAACGAUGAAAAUCCAGAGAAUUAUCUCUGGGAAAGCUUUGAUUACCCCACAGACACGUUGCUACCUGGAAUGAAGCUAGGAUGGGACUCAAAAACAGGGCGGAAUCGAUACAUUUCGUCCUGGAAAUCCCCGACCGAUCCGUCCGAGGGGGAUAUCACCUUCAAGCUGGACAUCAAUGGAUUGCCCGAAGCUUUCUUGAGAAAGAAAGACAACAUCAUCUAUCGAAGUGGCGGCUGGAAUGGCGUGGCGUUUAGCGGCGUCCCAGAAAUGGAACCCAAAGAAGUAAUCAUUUUCUCAUUCGUGAGAACCAAAGAAGAAGUUUACUACUCCUUCGAGAUUCACAAUAAAUCAUUAUUCUCCAGAUUGAUAGUGAACUACACACAGUUUCUUGAGAGGUAUACGUGGGUUCCAGAGAAUCGCAUUUGGAACAGAUUCUGGUACGCCCCGAAAGACCAGUGCGACAAUUACCGAGAAUGCGGUCCCUUCGGAAUCUGCGACACCGACAAUUCUCCGGUGUGCGACUGUCCGGUCGGAUUUAAGCCCAGAAACCAACAGGCUUGGUCUUUGCGAGAUGGGUCCGGCGGCUGCUUUCGGUACGACGAAUUGGACUGUCGGACCGAUGGGUUUUUGACGAUGAAUUCCACCAAGUUGCCGGAGAGUUCGACGGCGUUUGUGGAUGCGACGAUGAGUUUGGAUGAGUGUAAAGAGAUGUGCCUUAGGAAUUGCUCCUGCACGGCUUACUCCAACUAUAAUAUCAGCAACGGCGGGUCUGGAUGCGUUAUUUGGACGGCGGAGCUUCUCGAUAUUCGCCGGUAUACGGCGGAAGGCGGCCAACUUCUCUACGUCAGAGUGGCCGCUUCCGAUGCAGAACAAACCGGGGAAGUUGCAAGAGGUGGGAAUGGUUUUGGCAAGACUAAAAAGGCAAUCUUGGCAUGUGGCAUCGUACUUGGAAUUGGCAUGCUUCUUUUUGGAUUACUUCUAUUGAAGAGAAGAAAAUCACAAAGAGGUGUUACUGAAAAUAUAGAGAUGAUGAGAGGCACAAGAGAAAGAGGUAGAGAUCCUCUAAUGAAUGCAACUACAAUCUCAAGUAAGCGAGAGCAUUCCGGUGAGACAAUGACAAUGGAUGAGUAUGAAUUACCAAUAUUCGAUUUUAAUGCCAUUGCUGUGGCAACGGACAAUUUUGCCAAUGCAAAUAAGCUAGGCCAAGGUGGUUUUGGUUCUGUUUACAAGGGAAUGCUAAUUGGAGGUGAAGAAAUAGCUGUGAAGAGGUUGUCGAAGAACUCUAGACAAGGAGCCGAGGAGUUCAAGAAUGAGCUUAGAUUGAUUGCAAGGCUCCAACACAGAAAUCUAGUGAAGCUUCUCGGGUGUUGUGUUGAUAAUGAGGAGAAAAUGUUGAUAUAUGAAUACAUGGAAAACAAGAGCUUGGAUUCCAUUUUAUUUAAUAAAAAUAGAAGCUCAUUGCUUGACUGGAAAAGGCGCUACAACAUCAUUUGUGGGGUGGCUCGUGGACUUCUAUAUCUGCACCAAGAUUCGAGGUUUAGGAUCAUUCACAGAGAUCUCAAAGCAAGUAACGUUCUCCUAGACAAGGAAAUGAAUCCCAAAAUAUCCGACUUUGGCAUGGCAAGACUUUUUGGUGGAGAUGAGACAGAGGCGGGUACUACAAAGAGAAUAGUUGGAACAUAUGGUUACAUGUCACCUGAAUAUGCAAUGGAUGGACUAUUCUCGGUGAAAUCUGAUGCUUUCAGCUUUGGAGUUCUAGUGUUAGAAGUCGUGAGUGGAAAACAAAAUCGAGGAUUCUAUACUACUCAAAACAAUGAAGAGAGCCUUCUUGGCCUUGCAUGGAGAUUGUGGGGAGAAGGGAGAGGAUCGGAACUACUGGAUUCAAUUGUUGCUUCAGAAUCACAUUCUGAAUUUGAUGAUGAAGUAAUGAAAUGCAUACAAGUGGGGUUAUUGUGUGUCCAAGAGAAAGCAGAAGACAGACCAAAUAUGACAGCCGUGAUGUUGAUGUUGAUAGGCGAAGGGGCUAGGCUUCCCCAACCUAAACAACCAGGAUUUUGUUUAGCAAGUAGACCUAUCAAAACGGAUUCGUCUUCUACUAGUUGCAAUGAUCAAUCAUUGAAUCAACUUACAGUCACCAUGUUGGAUGCAAGGUAGUUUUUUUUUUUUUUUUUGAAAAUAGGAUGCAAGGUAGUUAAUUCAUGUAAGACCAUGGUCAUUGUGGCAUAGUUUGUAUAUAUAGGCUAUAGCUAAUUCCAAAAUUACAAAUAUUUUGAAGUCA